AUGAAAUUCGAAAUCCUUACUGCUCUCUAUUGCUUGGCCGGUCUGGCUACUGCCAAUCCUAUUCCUCGUCAACCUACCCUUAACGAGGCUGCUGUGGCCGCUGGUAAAAUGUACUUCGGUACUGCUACCAACCAGGAUCCUGAGUGGAGUAAUAAGGAAUAUGUCAAUAUUAUGCUCGAGCAGUUUGGUUCUCUUACUCCUGCUAAUGUCCAGAAGUGGCAAUUCACUGAACCUGAGCAAGGUGUGUUCAAUUACACUCAGGGCGAUCAAUUUGCUGAUUUUUCCUUGGAGCACAAGAAAGUUUUGUUGUGUGAUACCCUCGUUUGGCAUCAGGAGUAUCCUGCUUGGUUGGACGAGAAGGAAUGGACUAAAGAAGAACUUCUUCAGGUCAUUGAUCAACACGUCUUUAGUGAGGUCUCUCACUACAAGGGCAAGUGUUUCUCUUGGAACGUCGUUAAUGAAGCAUUGAAUGACGACGGUACUUGGCGUGAAACCUUGUACUACAAUGUUACUGGUACUGAUUUCAUUGAAACUGCUUUUGCUGCUGCCCGUAGAGCCGAUCCUCACGCUCAAUUGUACUACAAUGAUUACAAUAUUGAGUCUCCUGGUGCCAAGGCUACUGCUGCUGCUAACAAUAUUAUUAAGCCUCUCAGAAAGAAGGGACUUAUUGACGCUAUUGGUCUUGAAUCUCAUUUCAUUGUCGGUGAGACCCCUGAUGAGGCCCAGCAACAGCAACAAAUGCAAGCCUAUAUUGACUUAGGUGUUGAUGUGGUCGUCUCUGAACUUGACGUCAGAUUUUCUUCGCUUCCCCCCACUGCUGCUGGACAAGCUCAACAAGUCACUGACUACCUUUCGUCCAUCAAUGCCUGUAUCGCUGUAGGCAAGAAAUGUAUGGGCAUUUCCGUUUGGGACUUUGCUGACGAGUACUCUUGGAUUCCAUCCACUUUUGCUGGUCAAGGCGAUGCUGACUUGUACGAUCAAAACCUCAAUCCCAAGGUUCCUCUUAUCAAUGGAAUUAUUUCUGCUCUUGAAAAGGCUUCCAAAAGAUGGUAA